GUGUUUCUCUUUGCCAUCGCCUCAAGGAGCAAGCAAUGCCCCUUAAUUUCUCUUACACCUAACGUACGCCACAUCCAAUGCCUCUACCUCCAUCCAGUAUGUAUAUAUAUAUAUAGCCGAUCCUUGUUACUUUGGGGUCAAUCUAUUUUUUUAGGGAAAACUUUGGGCCCAAACGGUCAAUCCCGCAGAACUCCAUCUUACCAAAAAAAAUCAGCGGCGGCAGCCACGGUGGCGAGCAAAUAGCAAUCAUUCCACGUGUGAUCGGUCCCCAAUGCUCCAUUCCAAUCCAACGUGCCCUCUUCUUCUCAACGCCCACUCGUUUCUUAUGUCCCCUCAUUCCACAGUCCAACCGCAUUACAAGAAUCUCUGGCAGCUCAGCCGCCGCCUCGUCCUCCUCUUGCCGAAACACCAGCGAGAUUCUCUUCAAAAUUUAGUAGUAACUAUGGGAUUUAGCUCUAAGUUGGUGGCUAGCGAUAGCCUCGAUCGGUCGCAGGAUGGAGGUUUGGAGAUUCUGAAGCCAAAGAGCGAAGGUAAGACACAGGACCAGCAACAGAAGCAGAAGCCGGCGCGGUGCCCGAGAUGCGAGUCCACCAACACCAAGUUCUGCUACUACAACAACUACAGCAAGUCGCAGCCACGGCACUUCUGUCGGGCCUGCCGCAGGCACUGGACCGACGGCGGCACCCUCCGCAACGUCCCGGUCGGUGGCGGCCGCAGAAACAAACGUCUCAAUACCGAACACAACACAUCCACCUCGGUGGAUAACAACGGUGUUACUAUUCCUCAAUACCAGCAACAACUGCAGCAAAUGCCACUACCACCCUUCGACGGGGACAAUCAUAGCAGCAGUUUGCCGGGAAUUCUCCACCAGGUGAUGCUCCGCCCGCCGCCGCCGCCGCCGCUGCCGCUGGCUUACGCCAUGGAUGGCAGCGGCCUCUGCCCCGUGCCGCCAUUCCAGCCUGAAUUCGGCACCGCAGAAGCAGACUUUUCGACCUCUUCUGACAAUGUUAUCAACACUUUGUCUUCCAUCUCUUCUUCUUCCUGCUCGUCCCCCUACAACUGCACCAGAUUGGAUCCGAUACCGUUGCCGGCAAGCUAUUUGAGUUGUUGGGAGGACAUAUCUGACCUCGUCAGUGCCCAGGAUUCUAUUCUCAGUACGUACCCAUGAAGGGAUGAGAGGUAUAUAUGAACAAGAAAAAACGUCAGUUUUAUCAAUUCACUGCUACACGCGUGGGGAUUGCUGGUAAUUCUUUUGCUUGCUAUCUUGUCUUUCUGUUUGAGGCUGUCCUUUAUAGUGGCAGCUUCUGGCCGUAGAAGUAUGUUGGUUUUUGGCCUCUUGCGUCUUCCAAAUCCAGUAUGGGACAUGGGGUGACUUAUGAUGAGUUUGUUUUUGCUGUUUAAUAUAAUGGUUUAAUAGGUUAGGGAACAAGGGUAGAGAGAGGGAGAGAGAGAGAGAAAGGGGAUAGGAGCAGGGCACUUUUCUUCCACUGCAAUUUGUGUGAAUUUGUUUGUAUCCACCAAUAUAUUGGACUGCUUUGGUCUUACAAAUAUAUGUCAGACAGCCACUCGGCGCUGGGAUAUUGAGAUU